GCGAUGGCUGUUGGGCAUUGAAGACCGCCAUUCACUCUGCAGUCUGCCGUCAACCUUCACUUGCCAACCUCCGAAGAUUUGCGCCCCUGCGUUCCUCGAAUUGUCUAUUCCCCAAGCUUGGGGUGGCGCUGCUUAUCCUGAAGAUAUCCAUACCUCUCCGAUCUCCAGAUUAAUUUUGUUUAUUUCUCCGCCUCGCUGUCCCAACACCUCCCUUAUCUCUUGACACAUCCAGCAUGUCUUUCAAGGUCCCUUACGAUUCGAGCCCUCCGUCGACCCCCGGAAAAGGCCGCAGUUUUCUCAGCAAUGUCUCCAUGACUCCUGCGGGCGCUCCGUCCGAAGCCAACUCCUUUACUCCUCAAGGACCGCCGCCCUCUACGGUCUACGGAAGCUCCCAAAUGAGUUCUCGAUCGCAGUUUGACUCCCCGCAGGCCCUGUUUACGAAAUCGGGCAACAUCAACCCCAACGACAGCAUCUUCGGAUCCUCGAUUGCGUCCAAUGAUUAUCCAGUCCCGCGGGGGAGACAAGCAGCGCCGGCCACCCGAUCUUUCGCCGCAUCCUCGGUCUUCAGCGUGGGGAGCAGUCGCUUCGGCGACUCUUUCAAUUCGCAGGCGCCGAAUGAUUUUGGAUCGUCGCAAAUGGGUGAAGAUCCAGGCUCGGAUGCCGACGGGGACGAGGAGAUGCUCCCAGAAGAAGAAACAGAAGAGCGAGCUGACAAGAACACGGGGAUUGCACAACAACCACCGAAACCAAGCAACCCCUUCAGUUUCCUGGACUCGCAGUUGUCAAAGCCCCUGUUUCCGCCACCGUCGAAGCCGGCAGAGCAACGGAAGCCAAUAUUCGCCAAUCCAGACAACGCCAAGCGCCCGAAGCUUGACGACAAAUGGGCGGAGCAAUCUCCUCUGCGCAAAACGAAGCUGUCACCCAAGAAGGACUCCGCGAUGCCAUCUAUCGUGCGCAACUUUGCUUCCCGGUCGCGCGUCACAUCGGUCGAGGAGUCUAGCGAUCUCAUCAUCGAAACGGAGGACGAAAUCUGCAACAUGUAUGACGCCGCGAAACAGGCUGGGUUCCGGGAGUCGGAAGUCAAUGCUACUUUCUCGGAUACGUGCACUAGGCUGGUCGACAUCUGGAAGUCGCACGCAGGGCGGAAUGCUUCGCGGGCAGGGGGUAUCGGUCCGGGCGACCAUGCCCCCAACGUCGCCAAGGCAGGCUUUCUGGGAUCGCUAUUGAUUCAGCUGCAUCACCCUCCUUUGGUGCAUGCGAGGACUGGUGGCUUUGCAGGCCCUCUUGGUUUUCCUGCUCCGCGCGCCCUAGUGCCUGCUGGCUUUCGGUCCGAUUUCCUCACGCCCAUGCCCAAGGUCCUCCUGGACUGGCUCAAUCGUAACCACGCUCAACAAGCAUCCGAUCUUCAUGCCUUGAAGGAGACCGAGCCGAAUCCUACGGCGUCGCCAAAUUUCUGGGAGGCCAUCAACACCGCGGUUCUGCGUGGACAUCUUUCACAGGCGGCCGAGGUCUUGCGAUCUGCUGAUUUCAACUACGCCAGGUCUGCGUUGGAGGAUGGACUACCGCAGACUGGCUACAAGGGUGCCCAGCUGCAGAACAUCCAGAAGUGUGUCAACCGGGCUCUUCAGGUUCUGACUGCAUGCCCCUGCAUUCGCGAUGACUGGGAUGUCAGAGGCGCGGAGUGGGGUCUGUACAGGAAACGUGUGGUUGCGGCGGUCGCUGAUUUGGAGGAGUUCGCCGAAGGAAAUGAGCAGCCGGAGCCGGAGCCUCCAGUCCUAGGAAACCGGUUCCAGGCGGCCAACUUCGGGUUAAAGCCGAGCUCUAACACGCAAGAAUUCUCAUUCACUCAGUCUUCACGGAUGGCGGAGAGCCGAGUUCCCUGGGCUAUCUAUCAGAGCCUCAGAUCGCUAUACCGCAUCCUGCUUGGCGACACAGCGGCUAUCAUGCGGCAAUCCCAGGAUUGGAUUGAAGCCACCGUCGCUUUGACCGUGUGGUGGGAUGGCGAGGAUGAUGAAGAUGCCCCCGUCCAGCCUAGCGGGCUCAAUUCUCUUACCAACCAGUUCUUGCGUCCCCAGCUGGCGAAGACGCAGACUCCGGCCGGCGGCAACAAUCCACCGGGCACCUACCUUCGUCGCCUGGAAUUGGCCUUGAGUAGCGCAACCAACCAAGAGCAGGACAACGCCGGAUUCCGUAUAAAUUCUCUGAGCAGUCUCGAGGUUGGACUGGCUUCUGUUUUCGAAGGAGACGUCAGCGGUGUGAUCGAGCUACUCCAGACAUGGUCGCUCUGCGUGGCGUCUGCCGUGGGCGAGGUCGCGGCCGCCGGCGGCUGGUUAGACACGGCGUCGGGCAAGAAGCCGCUAUCAGGCUUGAGCGAGAACGAUCUGAUGGUGCUCUCAUACGGACAAGAUAACAGUGCUUCGUCGCGCAAGGUGAACAAAGACGAUCUGCUAAGCGACUACGCGUCGGGUCUGUUUGAGCGGCCUCGUGUUGAGAACGAAUCUGGUUCUCGCACUGGAUGGGAGAUGGCAUUGGAAGUCAUGAGCCGCCUAGACAACAAGGACAAGAUGCAAAAGAAGGUGUCAGAGAUGGUCGACACGCUCCCUCUCAAUGACGCAAUUGAAAUGGAUAAGGUGGUGCUGCUGUGCUCCGAGCUAGGAUUGCAUCAGGAGGGACGACGGGUUUCCGAGCGUUUCGGAGAUCUUACGGUCGACGAGGGUGAAGAAUACGGCCUUGCCUUGAUGUGCUACGCUCGAGCGCAUAACCGCCACAAGGUCAAGUCUGUUGUGGAUCUUCUCAUUUCCUACAGUCUGGUGCAAUCCCGCGCAUAUCCCGCCACCCCCGAUCUUGACACGCAGCUUGCUACCCUGGUGAAGGAGCCGAAAACUUGCCUUUCGUCUAUUGAGGCCAUCGACGAGGAGGCUGCCAGUAUCAUCCAGUUUUACUUUAGUGGAUACGCGACUUUGCGGCGAUUCUACGAGACGAGAGACGAGGCCAUCGGUCUCACCGAGGGGCAGCGGCCUCGCUUCAAGCCUCUUGCGAGACGGCGAGUCGCAGCCAAGGCAUUGGUCGCGGUCAUUAGCAGUGCUGCAGACAGUAUCUACGGUGGACUUUUCGAUCCCGAGCGAGACUCUGCGAUUCAGGUGGAUGGGCUGUUGGUGCUGAUGGGAGAGGCCCUUGCUUUUAUCGAUCAACCCACCCCGAUGUUUUCCGUGUCCCAGCAGUUUGCCAUUCUGUCUGCGAUCGAGGAUCUUGAAACCGUCACUCCGCGAGUCUACGCCCAAUGCGCUGAAUGCUUCCGCGCGACGCUCCUGCAGUAUCGGUCUCUGGAACAUGCGUCUUCUGGCGACCGAUCACCGGCCGAAGCCUUCGUUUUGCCGCCUUCUCGCGAACUUCUCAAGAAGUCCGUGACUUCGCUUGCACCGCCGAGCACAUUCUCAUUCCUUGGAAACGACGUGGUUGGAUCUGCCCGGAAUCGGUCGAUGUCCGGCUCUGGCGCCGGCUCCGGGGUACUGGUCGCGCGCCCGGGAGACGGAGGCAGUUCCCACGAGCGAGGCUGGGACUGGCGUGCGGCAUUACCUGAGGAUGUGAAAGGGGAGGAGGUACUCCGAAUGCUGCGAUUGGGAUUAGCCCGGGGGUUGAGCGCGGGGGCCCUCGGGUCAGUUUGAUAGAAUGGCGGCGCAAAAGUCCACGCAUAGCAUUGUAUGUUCUGUAUGAUCGGGAAGUUCUGUUUUCGUCUCUUGUGAGAUAAGAGUCAAUAAAGCUUAAUCCUGC